AUUGACUACAUCCACAGACAACGGCAGUGUAAGCUGAGUGUGCCCCUGAAUGACAGGACAGCAGAGCUCAACAGCUACCCAAGAUUCAAUGACUGGUUAGACAUUGUCAAUGUGAGGAAAGAAGUUGUACAGAGAAUACCAGAGGAGCUAACCUUAGAUGCCUUACUAGAAAUGAAUGAGUCAAAGGUGAAAGAAACAAUGAAGAGAUGUGGUGCCAGAGAUGAGGAGUGCUCCAGACUCAAUGGGGCACUGAGCUGCUUACGGAAGGUGACUGAAUCAGGCGGGGAGUUAAAAGAUGAUGUGCUGAUGAAUCUUUCUGAGGCACGCCGAGAAAACAGCUCUCCAAACACGACCGAAUUCCCUUGCUCCUCUGUGCCCUCAUGGACUCCCUCUGCACUGCACCUUCCCAAGGGCAACAGCCAGCAGGCACGUUCUGUGUCAGUAUCUACAAUCCCAUCUUCUGAUUGUGGACCUAUCUAUGCAGAAAACCUCCUGGACCCUUUUGCGUUCCCUGCACACAGUGGAAGGUUAACACCAAGGACUCCUCAUAGCAUCACCAUCACUCCACCAACCACUCCUCAAGCCAAGAGACGGCAUAAGUUGAAGCCACCACGGACUCCUCCUCCCCCUUGCCGGAAGGUUUUUCAGCUGCUACCUAACUUUCCAACCCUCACAAGGAGCAAGUCCCACGAAUCACAGUUGGGAAACAGGAUAGAUGAAGUUCCUCCAAUAAAGUUCGAACUCUCCCAAGGAUCCCCUCAAACGGUACGAAGAGACUUUGGCUUAGCUGUAACACACAGGUUCUCUACAAAGUCUUGGUUAUCUCAGAUUUGCCAAGUCUGUCAGAAAAGCAUGAUGUUCGGGGUGAAGUGUAAGUACUGCAGAUUAAAAUGUCACAACAAAUGUACUAAAGAGGCACCUGCUUGUAGAAUAUCCUUUCUUCCCAUAACAAAAAUAAGAAGAACAGAGUCUGUCCCUUCUGAUAUCAAUAAUCCAGUAGACAGACCAACAGAACCACAAUUUGGAACUCUUCCCAAAGCACUAACUAAAAAGGAGCAUCCACCAGCAAUAAAUCAUCUGGACUCAAGCAGUAAUCCUUCUUCUACAACCUCAUCCACACCAUCUUCUCCGGCACCUUUCCAGUCUUCCAACCCUCCCAGUGCAACACCUCCUCCAAACCCAUCUCCUAUGGGUCAGAGGGAUGGACGAUUUAAUUUCCCAGCUGCCUACUACAUUCAGCAUAGACAACAAUUUAUCUUCCCAGAAAUUCCCAGUCCUGCACAAAUUGCACAGCCUCCAGAAACAUCUGCAGACACUAAUGCUCAUGAACAGCCAGACACAGAUGGAGUUGAAUGUGAAGCGGAGGUGGAAGAACCAGAGCCUAAUAAAUCAGAACCUGAAGAUGAUGAGGAUGAGGUGGAAGAUUUGCCAAACAGACGGCCACACUUGCAAGGGAUGAUUUAUCGCAAACCUAGCCAGACCAGCGUCUACUUGCAAGAGUGGGACAUUCCCUUUGAACAGAUUGAACUGGGGGAUCCUAUUGGCCAAGGACGGUGGGGGAAGGUUUACAAGGGAAAGUGGCAUGGGGAAGUGGCCAUCAGGCUGCUGGAGAUAGACGGGAACAAUCAGGAUCAUCUCAAGCUCUUCAAAAAGGAGGUGAUGAACUAUAGACAGACCCGGCAUGAGAACGUGGUACUUUUCAUGGGAGCAUGCAUGAACCCUCCUCAUUUAGCAAUCAUUACCAGCUUCUGCAAAGGAAGGACACUUCACUCGUUUGUAAGGGACCCCAAGAUAUCCCUGGAUAUUAACAAAACCAGGCAGAUAGCACAGGAAAUCAUUAAGGGCAUGGGGUAUCUUCACGCAAAGGGGAUUGUACAUAAGGAUCUGAAAUCCAAGAACGUUUUCUAUGACAAUGGGAAAGUUGUGAUCACUGAUUUUGGAUUAUUUGGAAUUUCGGGUGUGGUUCAGGAAGGAAGGCGGGAGAAUGAAUUGAAGCUGCCUCAUGACUGGUUAUGCUACCUGGCCCCUGAGAUUGUUCGUGAGAUGGCCCCUGGGAAAGAUGAAGACAAGCUGCCUUUCUCCAAAGCUGCAGACAUCUAUGCUUUUGGGACUGUGUGGUAUGAGCUCCAAGCAAGAGAAUGGCCUUUCAAGAACCAGCCUGCAGAGGCGCUCAUCUGGCAGAUUGGAAGUGGCGAAGGAGUGAAACAAGUCCUUGCAACUGUUAGUUUAGGGAAGGAAGUCAACGAAAUUCUCUCAGCGUGCUGGUCAUUUGAUCUCAGUGAGAGACCUAGCUUCACUGUCCUCAUGGAUAUGCUUGAAAAACUGCCAAAAUUGAAUCGUCGGCUCUCCCACCCAGGGCAUUUCUGGAAGUCUGCUGAGUGA